UUGAACUAACGUUGCUCUAAGGACUUUCUCUUGAUAGAGACACUGAUGCUUCAUCUCUCUUUGAAGGGUCAUUGUUUGCAGAACUGGAAAGACUUUUUCUCACCUUCUUUUCACUCCUGGUUUCACUUGGAUGAAAGAGAUUCUUCCACUGCAAAGGGGUAAAUCUGAAGCUAGGAAGUGACUUGCCACAGACUGAAUCCAGGAAGAAAAAGGACUGCAAAUUUGGAUUUUCUGGAUUCUGACCCCGCAAUCUUGUUGCCUAAAACCGCAUGUCAACUUUGCAGAUACAUGCAAAUUUGCUAGGACCCUCUGGAUAAAGAGUUAUCAUAAGAUAGGCAUAAACCCCCAAAAGGUUCCUGGACCCCAAGUUGGUUGGAGCAAAUAUUUAUAGCAAAGCUGGAAGAUGAAAAAUAUCUGCACUGCCUGGAGCUUCAAAGGGAACUAAAGACUGCAUUGCACAGGUGGAACCCAAGACAAACAAAGCUUGCUCUAAUAUCAUCAUUCCCACUUUCCAAGAAAAGCUCAGAAGGGAAGAGAGAAGGACAAAUCCUCUCCUCUACUGACCUAGCAACACUAUGGAUCUUCAGACCCAACUAGAGCGCAUGACUGAGAAGAACUGGAGUAAAGAGAAGAUGGAACUGUUGGAACGUUUCGACAGUGAAAGGAAAGAAUGGGAAUGCCAGUGGAAGGUCAUGCAGAAGAAAAUAGAAGAGCUUUACCAGGAGGUAAAAUUAAGGCGUGAAAACAAUAUGAGUAUCUCAGAGAAUAAGCCCAUUCAUAACAAGGCAGAGCAACAAACUUGCUCCCCCACCUUAGAAUGGAGUGACCCACCAGGAUUGUACAGCUGUUCGCCAGAUAAAGAGAGUUUGCAAAGCCAAGCCGAAAAGGAAAACAAGUGUGUGAAAAACAAAAAGAGAAACCAUGCUUUUGCAAAAGAUCAUCUCACUUUUCAAAGUUCCAAGGAAUCUGAAGACUGUGUAGACUUGAAAACAACCAAGAAUUACACUCAGGAUCUCAAUAUUGCCCUUAAAGAACUUGCCAAAGUAAGUGAAGACUUGUGUACCUACCAAGAAGAAAUCCGUAAGAAAGCCAACCAUAGAAGGAAAAAAAUGUUUCCUUUCUUUGGAGAAUCCAUUGAAAGUGGGAAUGCAUUGAUUACCCAAGAGACAAGCCCUGCAUAUUAUAAGAGCCCACCACUGGCUGCAGUUGCCUCUGAGACGGAAAAGCAAAAUAACAGAAAGAAUCUGAUUAGCACCAAUAGGCAUUUGAAGGAAACUCCAUCAACUGCUCUUUCUGGGGUUGAGGAAACCAGCUUUUUGCCUUGGCAAAGACGAGAAGGGCCUCCGGUUCCCCCCAGAAGUACCUCUCGGCAUUUGACAAGCUCUCUUGCAGACGUUUCCGAAGCAUUAGCUAAGCAUGUUGAGCAAAGAAAUAGUUGCAAAACCCAGGAAAAUCCAGAUGGAAGUCCAUUCAUUUAUCCAGCUGCUCCACUGACAAUGUCAGAUGAAUGUAAAUCUCUUAGUGGACCUACAGAAAAUCAGGAUCAGUACAAUGACCACAAACUCCCAGCAGCAAUUCUUCACAGUGUGUGGUCUUGUGAGGCAAGCAAAAUUGUAAAUGGACCUGAAAACGGCUCUUCCAGGCAUGCUCUCCAGAAGGGCUCUUCUGAUGGUUAUAUGAUGACCCCAAAACAGCACCCCAAAUUUCAAAGUAGUGUACAUUGUACCAGUAAUCCUUACAUUGCAGCAUGUGAUACAUUGGAAGAUUCUGGGUAUGAAACUGGAAAAACUCAACGCAAUGAAACACUGGAAGCUAAAAUUGAUGAGUUCAACCGGACUGUAUUUCAUACAGAUAAAGGUAAAAAAUGUUUGCUGCAGAACCAAACAGAGCUGCCUGGUGUUCCUAAAGCCCACUGUGGACUGCAGAACAGUCUGAACAAUAGGACACCGAAUGAAGAGUCGACUUAUGUUUUGAAUUCCAAGCUGUCUUCAAAGAAGGAAGAAAAAGCAAACAGGCCCAGUAAAGAUGUCAAAACAAAGCGACAACAAAAGCAAAUAAAUGGAGUUUUAAGUGGCUACCAGCACAUGCUUCAUGAACAUGACUGGAGGCCAAGUAAUUUGUCUGGUCGUCCACGAUCAGCUGAUUCAAGGUCCAACUAUGGUGUUGUUGAGAAGUUGCUGAAAAACUAUGAAAAACAAGUGCAAUCUGAGGCUGAAUUUACUGAAGGCAGCUUCAGAAAAAUAAGUCACUAUCCAGUAAUCCAGAUAGAACAAGGAAAGCAGGAGCAGCAGAAGAAUUCAGUGAGACAUCUUGGACUAUAUGGAAAAGAGAAGCAGAAAUUUCCUGAGGUAUCUCUGGCGGCCAAGCAGUCAAAUGGCAAGGCAUUCUCGCGGCCAGCUCGCCCGGCAAACAGACGCUUACCUUCCAGAUGGGCCUCCAGGUCUCCAUCAGCACCACCAGCAAUGAGAAGAACACUUUUGAAUGAAAUUGCUUGAGACAUUUCAGUGGAUUCAGGACUGAUGUGAACAUACCAUGUUUUUUGAAACACUCUUUUCCAUAUUCACAACCAGAACUAGUUCUAUGCAACUCUACUACAUCGAUCAAUAAUAACUAUCCUUUUGACUUGCUGAAAAACUCUUUGGAUUCUUGGAUCAUUCUUACUGUCUUCAGUGUUUUAUCAGUUAGAUAAGGAUUCCCUUUUCCCUGACUGUGUAUGUGUAUAUACAUACUUAUUUAACUCAUAGUAUUUUUUCUUUGAAUAACAUGUCAUUAUUCAUCUCCUUUAUCUGUUUUAAUUUAAAUUGAGUGCUGUACAUUCUGACUUCCCCCACAAAGGGUAUGAAGAAAUGCUGUGUGCAUGAUCAUGUCAUGUAAGAUGCAUGUGUUGAAAUAGCAAGUGCAUUUAGUUUGUAACUGCUAUAGAAAAGAUUAUUGCCAUACCAAGAUGCCUACAUAUAGUCAUGCAGUUUUCAAGGUUUGAAAUUUGUUUCAAGGAAUGAGUGAAUGAAUCAAUCAAUGAAUGAAUGAAUAUAUCAAUAUAAUCCCUGGGAGAAUGCAUAACAAGAGACCUGCUGGAUUAUGCAAAAGCCCAUCUAGUGCAGCAUGCUAUGUCUCCCAGGGACCAGUACAUCCCAGGGAAAUAUACCCCUGCCAAUACUUACAUUCUGUAUACCUUUUAUAGGCUUUACAGGUCUAGUAUUUAAUAUAAAAAAAUUAACUUUAUGCAUUUUUUAAAAAAAUGCAUGCUAGCAGAUAGAAAGUUAUUUGUAAUGAUGUCAUAGAAGCUGAAUGGACUGGCUUUUCAUUCAUGCUUCACAUUUCACUUUUAAUCUGCCAUUCUUGAAAUGUUGCAAUGCUCAAUCUGAUGUUUUACUAACAUUGUUUUUCCAAUUCAAAGCAUCUACUUAUAACUAUUAGCUUUCCUGAAUGUACAAGGGUUUCUAAAAAGAACUUCUAUUAUUUCAUUCAUUAUUACUGUACAUGUCUUAGAAACUAGACUCAGUUAAUAGCAUCAGAAGAAACUUGUUGGAUCGUGUCAAACACCCAUCCUGUCCCGCUGACCAACUAUAUGCAGUAGGACAUGAAGUGGAAAUCCUCUUCUUUUCACCCCUAGCAAUUAGUAUUUCAGGUAGUCUGUUUUUGGACUUGGAGAUAACAUGCAGUAGUUCUUAACAGCCAUGGGAGGCUUAUUUGAUCAGCAGCAUGGGUUGAGUCUGAGGAAAGAAGGAGACAGAUGUCUACUCAGCAUCUCAAGAGCAAAGCUAAACUUAUCAAGAGACACAGAUCUUUCCAUGCAACUUAUCCCUUGUCCUGAUAUGACCACUUGUGCCAGCUGCACCCAGGGAUAGAUAAAAGUGCAUUGUAACAGUGUCUAGACAUGCAAACAGAUAAAUUAAUGGCAUGGAAACAAGCUUUACAAAUGGUAUUUGUGAUCGCAUGAUGGUUCAUGUAUAUUUUUUUAAUUCCACUUAUUAGCCUAUUUCUCCAUUUGCCUCAAUGUGAAAGCAUAGGAAAUAGCCUUGAAAGAUAGGAGGAAGAGCCAUCAAUAAGGAAACUGCCACACAAUCAGAUAUUUGAGCCUGGGCUAAAAAAGCAAUGUGAGAAAAUGUUUUUGACAAGCUUCUCCUUAGUUCAUCCAAAUGAAAUGAGCAAAGGGGAAGCACAUUCCGAUUUGCAAGAUUCUGCUACUAUAGCUGUCACAAUAAAAGUAGUCUUGAUCUAUAUGAUAUUGAUUUCAUACCCUGGUCCACCUUGUAGGGCAGACACCCAGUAUGUUUUAAAGGAGUAGUGAAGUCACAUACAGAAUUAACAUUAAGAUUUUCCUGGAUCAGGAUUUCUUCAUAUGGAUUCAGUUACUUUCUUAUUUGAUUGCCUAUCUGCACUUAGAGACUCUGAUCUUUAGGAAAGCAAAGUUAAACAGGGAGGCAGAUAAAUAAGCAACAUUAUGGCUAUCCGCCAUGAAACUACUUUUUUGGACUUGUACUCAGCAGAGAUUUGCCGCUACCAGCUUACCAUGAUAAAUAGAACCAGCCUGGUGAGUACUUGGAUGGAAGUGCACCAGGAAUCCUAAGCUCUAUAUUAGAUGAGAAGUCCAAAACAACUAUCUCAGAACAAACCAGUGGCAAACCAUUCUAAUCUGUUUGUUAAGCAAACAAUGGGUCAUGCCUACGUAGCUGCCCAAAGUUGAGCUUGAUUUAAGAAAGGCUUUAUUUUCCUGAACUUCAGAUAGCCAAGGCAACUCCGUAAUUCUGCUCUCUUGACUGAUAGAAAUGGCUGUCAGUUAUGAGUUCACUUGAUUUUGGCACAAGCUUGACAGAGUGUGUAAAUAUUGCAUCCAGAUGGGAUUGCUGUGGUGCCAGAAAUCCUAGACGAAUGCCAUUACAGGCAUGUAUUUCCCUUAAUCUAUCUCUGUGUUGUUGGCUGUUGAUAUGCUAUGUAUGUAGCCUGGUUUAUUUCUCUUUACCAGCAACUGAAUGAAAUAUCAAUUCUGCAAAGCUGCCUUAUUGAAAGUCAUUAAAAAAUCUUCUUCCUGUUUAGGAGUUCACCCAAUCAUUGAAUGGCAAUUACCUAGCUGAGCAAGACCAAAGAGGCAGUUCUGUUAUAUCAGCUUGGUCUUUAAUCUCUCCUCCACCACACAUCAGAAAAAGUAGCAUUUCGGGCCAUAACAUCUCUGACAUAGCUAUCUAAGAGAUCUGUUCUUAGGAUAGCAAAGAAAAGGAGACACUUCAAUUGCUUUUGUGAAGUAAUCAUGAAACCUUAAAGAAAAUUGUAUUUUUCAGAUAGCAAUUAUAUUAUCAUUGCCUUGCCUGACAGAAUUGCUUGGCAUGUAUAAUGCAAUAAUUAAUUUUAUUGAACCUUCUCACAGCAAUUUAUAGGUCGUACCUGGUGUGCAACCCCAUGUCAAUGAUUCAUUUUCACAUUCCCAUGUUUUAUGAUAUUGCUAUUUGUAGUGAGUAACAAAAUAGGGCACAAUAGCUAGCGGUUUAAGACGCUGGGCUUAUCAACCAGAAGGCUGGCAGUUCAAGAUCAAGUACCAUGUUAUGGAGUGAGCUCCCAUUACUCACCCCAACUCCUGCCCACCUAGUAGUUUGAAAUUGUAUAAAGAAAGGCAAGUAGAUAAAUAUGCACCCCUUCAGUGGGAAAGAAAGCAUUCUGUGCACAUUGGCAUACAGUCAUGCUAGGCACAUGACCACAGAAGUGUCUCUGGACAAUGCUGACUCCCUCCGCUAAAAGAUGGAGAUGAGCACUGCACCCUGGAGUUGGCAUGACCAGACACAGGAAAUCUUUACCUUUCUUUAGUGAGUAACAAAAAACACUGCAAAUUAUUCAACCUUUUUCCUUCCCCACAAAGCUUUGGACAUUUUAUUAAUUGCCCAUCAACUCCAACUCUAGUCACAAGUUUUAUUUUUCUUCAAGGGAAAGUUAAAAUUCUAAUGAUGUGGACUUCUACCAGUUCCUAUCAUUCCCAAGUUAAUAUUUAAAAUGUGUAACUGUUCUGCAUACUAAUAUAUUUGGUUCUUUUUGUUCUCUUACAACUCCAUUUUUUAUUUGUAUACUGGCAAAAUAACAGUUUAUUGUAGCAAUGUAGAAAAUACAGAAUGCCUUCCAACAAUGGCUUUCCUGUUUUUACAUGAGGACCUCAAUAUGAUCUACUGGUAGCUUUACUGGUAUAAGAAGCCUCCCCAUUUACUGACCUAUAAAAGUUUCACCAGGGUCCCUCACAGUCAUUUCCAGUCCACGGGAAAGAUAAUUUUUGAAACAAUUUCUGCAUUUCCCAACUCACAUCUACACUACUGCAAUUUAGCAACUUUAGAAAAUGAUAUACAAGUUCAGCCCAGAAUUUUUGUCACAUACACAUUCCAUUGUCAAAUCCUGAACAGUAAAAGAUGAAAUUAUUUUUGGAGCCUAGAACAAUUUACUAAUCUGAGCAUUCACAAAUGUUGUUGGCAAUAGUAGCUACAACUGUUGCAAAUAAGCAUACUCCCUCUGCUCAUUUGUCAAACGUGGAAACUUGUUGAAUCUAGUUUUGGAUUUGCCCAUUAAUAUCACAUUGAUUUGUUUAGAAAUCAAAUCUGACCGUGUGUAUCUGGCUGAUUUAUCAAAAAUCAGAACAAAACUGCAUUUUGUUUUAUUGUUAGUAUUGGAAGUUAUUGGUAGUCUAUAUUUUUGUUGGCAUUUUUCUUGUUUCUCCACAUUUUCUAGCUUCAGAUUACAACUUAGCAACCUUUAUUUGUUAUUGUAAUAUCAGAUGGGAAUUGCUUGCAGCCUUUAUCAGUAAACCUAAACUGAAUCCUUCUAGUCUCUUCAGGAUCCCCUUUAAAACAGCCUGACCUGAUUUCUCCCACUUAUAUAAGGAGUGAAUUCCUGCUUGGUGAAUCUUCUAGAUCUGGUUUUUAGUACUGUCCCCCACACACAUCAACAUAUAUGUAUUGAGGCAAUCAUACCAAUGUUUCGGGGAUCUUUUGACCCCCGAAAUAAGCACUUGGUCUUAUUUUCGG